UUAUGGUGGCGCUGUUUAUCAUCACACGCUUUAUUGCCUAUCUGAAUCUCCUUUCUUCGCCGAUCGAGCGGAUGUUUUUAUCUAGCACUUCAAUGGAUUUGAGUGAUGGAAACUCUAACCAGGGGCUGAUGUCCAACCCUGGAUCAUCCACUCUCUUCAGCAUAGCUGAUCUGGACGACAUUUCCAAGACGACAUCAGACCUAGGAGUUGAUACAAGCUUUACAGCUUCUCAUAGGCCUAAUGUGGGUGCCAGUCUGCCACAGUCCCUCACACACCCAGAAAUGAUCACAGACAUUUCUCAAGUUGAAUUGCUUCAACAAGAUUCAACGUCCCAAGAUAUUCCAGACACAAACAAAGAAGAAAAUUAUUCCAAAUCUAAAGGUGGAUGGUCAAAGGGGAAAAAAAGGAAGAAGCAGAUGCGAGAUGUGAACGCACCUAAAGCACCAUUAACUGGUUAUGUCCGGUUCAUGAACGAACGACGUGAGCAGGUAAGGCAGGAAAACCCUCAGGUCGCUUUUGCUGACAUCAUCAAGCUGUUAGGUGCAGAAUGGAGCAAGAUGAGUGCAGUUGAGAAACAGAAAUAUUUAGAUGAGGCCGAUCGCGACAAAGAACGGUACAUGAAAGAGUUAGAACAAUACCAGCAGACGGAAGCUUACAAACUUUUUACCAAGAAACAGCAAGAACGCAAGAAGAAAGAAAUGUUAGAUGAGGUGGAUGGUCAUCUGAAUGGACUAGAGUACAAUGAUGAUGGCAAAAUGGAUUCAGAACUGUCUACUUUUGAUGUGCCUAUUUUUACUGAAGAAUUCCUAAAUUAUAAUAAAACACGAGAAAAUGAAUUGCGCCAGUUGCGCAAGUCGAUCACGGAGUAUGAGGAACAAAAUGCCAUACUUCAGAAGCACAUUGAUAACAUGAGGACAGCUAUAGAGAAGCUAGAAGCAGAGACCGUUCAACAGCGAAACAACCAGAUGGUGCUCAGACAGCAUCUGGAGAAUUGGCGGACUGUGCUUACAUCACACUUCUCAACAAUACCUUUGCCAGGAACCAAUGAGGUGCCAACCAUCCACACCAUAGACUUAUACAUGACCAAACUCCAUCAGCGAAUCCUGGACUCGCCACAGGAGAAUGAAGGACUGAUCUCAAGUAUUAGAGAAAUAGUGGCCAGGUUAGACCUGCAGAGUGACCCAAAGCUGUGAGGUUGUGCAAAAAUUUGAUCCGAUCAAGAAUAUGCUUCAAGGUCCAAUUAGAUGAAGGUCUGAGUCGGUCGUGGAAUUCUCAGUAUCGUUGUAUUUCAUGGCAAAAUAGAUUCAUCAGGAAACAAAAUACCAGUAGUGGCAACUCUCAAGGAAUCGAGUUGUAACCGACUGAAAACAAAGUUUUCGUUCCGACUUGUCUGGUCAGGGUUCAGAAUCAGUGUAUUGUAUUUGUUGAAUUACUAGAGAAGAUCCUAGUUUAAAAUUAUCAGUACCUCAAGCAACAUCCAUUUGAAGCAGCUGUUGGUUCCUGACAUACUGGUGUGGUGGUUCUUCAUUGUCAUAUGUCAUAAUGAUGGCUCUGGAUUGUGGAAGAUGAGAGUUUGCUUAGAGCUACUGCUCUCACACUUAAUAAUGAAACUAAACGUUUACCGACUUAGUCACCAACUAUUUAAUUCUUCUCAUCUAAAUGGUACAUGUCGUGUAUGUUGCGGAAAAUUGUGUGGUACUACAGUACAUCAGACCUAUUGGAACUUGUUGAUAAAGCCUAAAUAAAAAACAGACUGACUCCCUACAGUAUGUAUACAUAUCAGAAAUAUGUCUGAUGCAUCUCAUAUGGAGAAUAACUUGCAUUUUAUUUAUGUAUAAGCAGAUAUUGAUUUAAUUCAUUAUGACUGUUAAACCAUGUAAGAUACCAUUUGAAAUAAACUGUCUAAACCAUGUGCUUAGUAUGUGUAGUAUACUAAAAGACUGAGCUGGAUUUGUUAAAAAUUAGUUAUGCACCAGAUGAUUAAGAUGUGAUACUGCUGCCAUCAUAAUUUUGAUAUAAUGGUUUAUGAAACCAUAUAGAAAAGGAAUAUGACUUUCAGUGUUCUCCGAGGCAGUUUUAGCUGUCAAUUUUACCCGUAAAAAUAACUAGCCAACCGGAAAACAUUUUGUUUGCAAAAUAAAAAAAACCCCCACUGAUUUGGCCUAAGUAAUCUAGGCUGUUAUUCUUUCAAUAAAUGAACAUAAUUUCAGUGUAUGCACAGGCUGUGUGUUGUUAAACCCACUCAAAACACUGUGCACAGCUUAUUAAAAAAGAAUCCUGCACACUUUUAAGUAUUUUAAAGAUAUAAUGUAUAUGAAGUGCAAAAAAACUUGGUUUGUGGCAGAGGUUCAUAUGUACAUUUUAGAAACUCAAGGAGAUUAAUAGAGAUAAAGCCAUGCUGGUGCCUCCCUGGAAUUAAUACCUAUUGAAUCAUUUAUAGAAUUUUUGUAUCUAUUUACAGAAAGUUUUUGUCAUCCUAUAAAAUUAUUUCAUCACUUAUUUCAAUAAGACAAAUAUUAAAGAA